CGCGCAGGUGUGCUCAGCCCGAGCCCCAGAUUGGAGCCACGCCACCGGCGGCUGGCCGGCAACCCCCUCCGUAAGGUUCUUCUACAUCCAUCCGGGAUCUCCCUUCUUCGCGCCACCGCGGAGUGGCCGGGCAGGGAGCAGCCUGUCCUGGCGCCCGAGACGGGAGGGGAAUUGCCGGCGACCGGAGAGGAGAAUGGAGGCGCUCAUCGGAGACGGGCCUCUCCGGUCACCAUUCUUCAGUAUGCUCCUCAAGAUGGCGAUGGUGGAUGUCAGGGGCGACGAUGUUAGCUCAUGGCUGCAAGCAAGAGCAUCUCUGUCUGGGAUCAAGUAUGGCAGCCCAGGCAGCAGUGGUCGUCACUUUCAUGCCCGUCAGAGCUCGUGCGGUGUGCGGAAGGCGAUGGCGCCGCUGACGCCGACGACACGCACAGUGAGGUCGUUGCCACUUGCCAAGUUCGCCGGGCAGGAGUGCUCUGUUUUCUUCGAGCUGCUUGCAGACACUCAAAAGAAUUUGCCUCGAUGAGUAGGGCCUGCGCCAACGCUCAGUUCUUCCCCGGCAACAUCGUAAGCUACAGCCAGACGCCGAGCCCAUGGAGUUCGCCGCUGACAUGCAUGCAGACCCUUCUUGGUCGGCCAGGCAUGGACGACGGCAACGAGGGCGAUCUGUUUUGUAUCGAGUUGGGCCUCAUCCAGCCAAUGAACGUAGACGGCACGGCAGGUCGAGCUUGAGAUCGACGCCAUGCUAUUGUGCGGCCUCCACAGAAGGAGUCCAGCGUGUCCGGCCGGCGACAUGCGUGACGUUGACUUCGACUUCAGCUCACCUCAGUCCACAUCGUACUAGAACGCGGUAAGCAGUAAGCAGCGGUGCUAAUGCCGAGUGUCGAUGUUCAGUUCCUCCCAAGGAGCCUCGCCGUGGCCGACGACGUGAUGUCGCACGUCAAGGUUGAUGAUUGUUGGCCAUAGAACUGCUACUCGUUGAGGAUUGAUGAAUAGAGUGAACUACCUAAAAUGCCCUUAAUUGAUCAAUAUACUGCUGAAAAUCUGUUGUAGUAUUGGCUGAUCUGGACCCUCCAAUCACAAAAAUGAACGGCUCCAAUAGACUUGAUGCAUCGUAAAAGGUCUCUAAAACUAACUUAACUUGUGGUCUUUAAGGGUCAUAUGUUCUUGUUUAGAUAUAAUGUGACAUGCUGCGCCAAUGUCUCCUCCUCAGGGAGAUGCAGGUAAAGAGGAAGCAUCAUCCAAUCUCUCGCUCCCCCUAGUUAGCUUCUGAAACACCCUCCCAUGGGUUUCAGUUGCUUCCAGCUCCAUUCAGGGAGCUGUGAUGACGUGCCAAUUGAUUUCCAUGUGCAGCAAAAUGGCCACUGUGAGCUCCAUUCUGUUGAUCGCUCAUUUGAACCUGCCACUGGAUCGAUAGUUCCGUUUGCAACCUUCUAUCAUGAGUCCUAUCCACAAGGCAUAACCAAGAAAGACGUCGCUGACGGUGCUUCAUCGAUCAUUCAUAAUCCUGGACCUCACUUGCCUCUCUUGUCGCCAAAACCUGAGAUUUCACAUCUCAUAGGAGGUGGAAUGGGAUCAUACAAGACGUAUGAUAUGAGCGGCAGGUUUAUUCCAAGAAGGAAGGCCUCGAGUAAGGCUGUCAAGAAGGCUAAUGUUGUCAAAGGGCAAUGGACACCGGAAGAAGACAGGAAGUUAGUAAAGUUAGUGGAGCAGUUUGGACUGAGGAAGUGGUCUCAGAUGGCGCAAAUGCUGCCUGCAAGAGUAGGAAAGCAAUGCAGAGAAAGAUGGCACAACCAUUUGAGACCUAACAUCAAGAAAGAUACUUGGAGUGAGGAGGAAGACAUGGUUCUGAUACAAACACACAAGGAGGUCGGCAACAAAUGGGCGGAGAUAGCUAAGCGCCUCCCUGGAAGAACAGAAACCAUAAAAAAUCAUUGGAAUGCAACAAAGAGAAAGCAAUCUGCGCGGAGGCGGGCCCGCAGUAGAGUCAAGAAUCCCAAAUCAGGGACCCUUCUACAAAACUACAUCAAAAGCCUUGGGAUUGCCUGUAGCAAGGGCAUUGCUCCUCAAGAUCCGAAGGAAUCUCCAUUGUCAGCAUCUUCACCAGCACCCCCAACACAAAAUCGGGCGCAUGUGAAUGAUAAUUGGCCAGAAUCCAACCCAUCCAACAUAAUGGUCACCCAAGGAAUAUUCAGCACAGAUGACAGACAGAUUCACUCAUGUGAAGAAAUUCUAGUUCCCACAUCUGAUGACUUUUCUGUCGACAUGUUUGAUGGUUUAUUUAACGCAGAGGAGGUGCAAUACCAGGCUUACAACAUAGAUGAUGAUGUUGACAUGGACUAUAUCAUCAACCAUACUGAUUAUGCUAUUAAGAUUGACAAUCAUAUUGAUUAUGCUAUUAAGAUUGACCAUGAGAUAGAUAUGAAUAUGACAUGGGAUGACGAUGCGCUCGUAAACAUUGAAUCUGGAUGAUCGCCAUUGGUGAUGCCGACAGGCCCACCAGAAAUCAAAACCGUGUAUAUGAAGGAGGAGGAGAUGGAUCUAGUUGAGUUGGUCACACAUCCACAAACUUGCAGCUAGUGGACAAGAAAAUAACCAGUGAUAUUAUUACAUAUGUGUGCUAUUUAUACGGAAUAUGACGAACUUCUGGAUGUACUAUGGGACAUCCUAUUUAUAGAUGAUAUGACGACCUUCUGAAUGCUUUCUACAGGCAAUAGAAUGACCUAUGAAUGUAUUAUGAGAAUCCAUAUUGAGA